CUCAGGAAGGAUGAAUGAGACGAAUCCUGCCAAGCUAGUGAUGAUGGAAGGGGGAAGAUGGACGGUUGACCUGGUCAGGUUGUCUCCUGCAUCCCUUCCCACAACUUCUGAGCGUUCCCUCUCAGGGACCUCUGAGAUAUCUGAUGGGAAAGAAUUGGAAGGGAGAAACAAGGGGGACCACAACAAAACCCACAUAGCAGAGAAUUCAUAUAAAUAUUCAGAGUGUGGAGAGAACAUCUAUCAGAUCUCCCAGUCCACCUCCCAUCAAAGAAAGAGCUUCGUUCAGAGGGAUAGCUUCACUUCAUGUGAAAGAACUCACAGUAGAGAGAAGUUGUAUCAGUCCAGAGAAUGUGGAAAGAGCUUCAGCGAGGGGUCCUAUCUCACUUCUCAUCAAAGAAUCCAAUGUGGAAAGAGCUUCAGUCAUAAGCGAAGUCUCACGUCCCAUCAAAGAAUUCAUACAGGGGGGGAAACAUAUCAAUGUUUGGAAUGUGGAAAGAGCUUUCAGGAUGCGAUUAAGCUAUCUUCCCAUCAAAGAAUUCAUACAGGGGAGAAACCCUACCAGUGCUUAGAAUGUGGAAAGAGCUUUCGUCAAAGUGCACAUCUCACUGCCCAUGAAAAAAUUCAUACAGGGGAGAAACCCUACCAGUGCUUUGAAUGUGGAAAGAACUUUAGUCAGAGCUCAUCUCUCACUGUCCAUGAAAGAAUUCAUACAGGGGAGAAACCCUAUAAAUGCCUAGAAUGUGGAAAGAGCUUCAGUCUCAGGCAGAGUCUCACUACCCAUCAAAGAAUUCAUACAGGGGAGAAACCCUAUCAGUGCUUGGAAUGUGGAAAGAGCUUCCGGGAGGUAACUAUGCUCUCUUCCCAUCAAAGCAUUCAUACAGGGGAGAAACCUUUUCAAUGCCAUGAGUGUGAAAAGAGUUUUCGUCAGAGAACCACUCUCACUACACAUCAAAAAACUCAUACACGUCAGAAACCCUAUCAGUGCUUCGAAUGUGGGAAGAGCUUCAGUCAAAGCUCAAAUCUCAAGAAGCAUCAAAGAAUUCAUACUGGGAAGAAACCCUAUCAGUGCUUGGAAUGUGGGAUGAGGUUCAAUCGAAAGGAUAGUCUCAGUGCCCAUCAAAGAAGUCAUACAGGUCAUAAACCAUAUCAGUGCUUCGAAUGUGGGAACAGCUUCAGUCAAAGCUCGAAUCUCAAGAGCCAUCAAAGAAUUCAUAAAGGCGAAAGACCCUAUCAAUGCCUGGAAUGUGGGAAGAGAUUCAGUCGAAAGGAUGGUCUCACUUCACAUGAAACAAUUCAUACAGGAAGGAAACUCUAUCAGUGCUUUGAAUGUGGAAAGAGCUUCCGGGAGGGGGCUAAGCUCUCUUCCCAUCAAAGAAUUCAUACAGGGGAGAAACCAUAUCAGUGUUUGAAAUGUGGAAAGAGCUUCCGUUUCAGGGAGAGUUUCACUAAACACCAAAGAAUUCAUACAGGGGAGAAACCUUAUCAGUGCCUGGAAUGUGGAAAGAGCUUUCGUCAGAGCGGUGAUCUCACAACCCAUCGAAGAAUUCAUACAGGGGAGAAACCAUAUCAGUGCAUUGAAUGUGGUAAGAGCUUCACCAAAAAAGCAGGUUUCACUUCCCAUCGAAGAAUUCAUACAGGGGAGAAACCUUAUAAAUGCCUAAAAUGUGGAAAGAGCUUCCGUCUCAGGCAGAGUCUCACUUUCCAUCAAAGAAUUCAUACAGGGGAGAAACCCUUUCAGUGCUUGCAAUGUGGAAAGAGCUUCAGUCGGAAAGAUCAUCUCACAACCCAUCGAAGAAUUCAUACAGGGGAGAAACCAUAUCAGUGCUUGCAAUGUGGAAAGAGCUUCACCCAAAAGGGAAGUAUCACUUCCCAUCGAAGAAUUCAUACAGGGGAGAAACCCUAUAAAUGCCUAGAAUGUGGAAAGAGCUUCAGUCUCAGGCAGAGUCUCACUACCCAUCAAAGAAUUCAUACAAGGGACAAACCCUAUCAGUGCUUAGAAUGUGGAAAGAGCUUCACUCGGAAGGACAUUCUCACUUCCCAUCAUAGAAUUCAUACAGGGGAGAAACCCUAUAACUGCAUGGAAUGUGGAAAGAGCUUUACUUGUAGCUCCCAUCUCACUUGCCACCAAAGAAUUCAUACAGGAGAGAAACCCUAUCAGUGCUUGCAGUGUGGAAAGAGCUUCAGUCGGAAGGAUCAUCUCACUUCCCACCAAAGAAUUCAUACAAAGGAGAAACCCUAUCAGUGCUUCGAAUGUGGAAAGAACUUCAGAAAAAGCUCCCAUCUCAGUUCCCAUCAAAAAAUUCAUACGGGGGAGAAACCCUAUCAGUGCUUCGAAUGUGGAAAGAGCUUCAGCGAGGCGUCCUAUCUCACUUCUCAUCAAAGAAUCCAUACAGGGGAGAAACCAUAUAAAUGCCUGGAAUGUGGAAAGAGCUUCAGUGAUAAGCGAAGUCUCACGUUCCAUCAAAGAAUUCAUUCAGGGGAGAGAACACAUCAGUGUUCAGAAUGUGGAAAGAGCUUUCGGGAUGAGAUUAAGCUCUCUUCCCAUCAAAUUGUUCAUACAGGGGAGAAACCCCAUCAGUGCUUAGAAUGUGGAAAGAGCUUUCGUCACCGGCUGAGUCUCACAUUCCAUCAAAGAAUUCAUACAGGGGAGAAACCCUAUCAGUGCUUAGAAUGUGGAAAGAGCUUUAGGCAAAGCACACAUCUCACUUCCCAUCAAAGAAUUCAUACAGGGGAGAAACCCUAUAAAUGCCUAGAAUGUGGAAAGAGCUUCAGUCUCAGACACAGUCUCAAUUCCCAUCAAAGAAUUCAUACAGGGGAGAAACCCUAUCAGUGCUUGGAAUGUGGAAAGAGCUUCCGGAAGGGGACCAUGCUCUCUUCCCAUCAAAGAAUUCAUACAGGGGAGAAACCUUUUCAAUGCCACGAGUGUGAAAAGAGCUUUCGUCAUAGUUCCAGUCUCACUUUGCACCAAAGAAUUCAUACUGGGAAGAAACCCUAUCAGUGCUUGGAAUGUGGGAUGAGGUUCAGUCGAAAGGGUACUCUCACUACUCAUCAAAGAACUCAUACAGGUCAGAAACCAUAUCAGUGCUUUGAAUGUGGGAAGAGCUUCAGUCAAGGCUCAAAUCUCAAGACCCAUCAAAGAAUUCAUACGGGGGAGAAACCCUAUCAGUGCUUGGAAUGCGGAAAGAGUUUUCGUCAGAAAGGUGAUCUCGCUUUGCAUGGAAGAGUCCAUACAGGGGAGAAACCCUAUCAGUGCCUGGAAUGUGGGAAGAGCUUCAGACUCAGUAACAAUCUCACUUCGCAUCAGAGAAUUCAUACAGGAAGGAAACUCUAUCAUUGCUUCGAAUGUGGAAAGAGCUUCUGGGAGGGGACCAAGCUCACUUCCCAUCAAAGAACUCAUACAGGGGAGAAACCCUAUCAGUGCCUGGAAUGUGGAAAGAGCUUCAGUUUCAGGCAGAGUCUCACUUCGCACCAAAGAAUUCAUACAGAG